AUGCCCCCCAUGCGAAUCGCCAUCGCAGGCACAUGUGGGUUGGCACAAUACAUUGCCAACCUCCUAGCAACGCAGAGCUACCAUACCUUCAUCGUCUUGUCACGGAACACAAAUCCGACGAUGGCUGCUAGAGGAUGGCAAAUCAUUCAGGUGACCUACACCAAUGCCAGUGACCUUCGAUAUACACUUGCUGGUGUGGACACAGUGAUCUCAACGAUAAACGGCGAUGCUCAGUUGGCACUCAUUGAUGCGGCAGCCGCCGUUCAUGUGCGUAGAUUUGUGCCCUCUGAGUUCGAAGGCUCUCCAGCAGUCCGCCCAAUCCACGACGUCUUCGAUUACGGUCGUCGGGCUGCUUUGAGCCGACUACAGCACUAUGAAUCUCGGGGUAUGGGGUUCACCGUGUUCACAUGUGGGAUAUUUUACGAACGAUUUGGUCCGGGAGGUAUGCGUGCCUCCCAGAUCGGUCUCCGGAGUGCGAUCGGUGGCGAAGGUGAAUACAUGAUGGAUAUUCGCAACUGCAAAGCGAAGAUACCCUAUUACAACUCGGCCGGUCAGCCUGUGCAUGUUUGCAUGAUGUCGGCACGAGAUGUGGCCAGGUUUGUAGUGGCCGCGCUUGAUUUGUCCUCGUGGCCACGAGAGCUACGAAUGAAAGGAGAGCGAAUGACCGUUAGUGAAAUCGUCUCCAUUGGCGAGGUAUUGAGAGGCAGAGAUUUCGAGCGCGCGAAUUAUACCAAGGAGUCCCUUCAGGAUGACUUGACAGUUGCCCAAGCUCUUCGGGACGAUAUUCGGGAGCAGAGGACACAGCACUUGAUCGUGACGGCAGACGGCCGCUACGACUUUGGUUCGUUCAAUCUCAAUUCGAUGGUCAACGUCAUCCCACAAACUUUUCAAGAUUGGCUUGGACAAGCUUGGAGUUCUUAA